AGUCAUUUUUUUAUUACUGUUACUCAUUUUGACGUUGAUCUUAUAUUGUCAAGAUGUUGUACCGGAGAAAAUGAAGCCAAUUUGCAAUCUAGAAGAAAGAACAGAAUUUUGUGACAUGAAUGGAGACAUAAGGAUCGAUGGAAGAUCCUCUACAGUUUUCAUGGCUGCUUCUUCCCAAGCAGGUACCUUGGUGGAAAACAGCUCGUGGCUUAUCAGUCCUUAUGCUCGAAAAGGAGAUGAAGAGGCGUUGAAUCAUGUAACGAAAUGGUCUGUAAAAUCCGGGGUGGAUGGCUACGCAGUACCUCAAUGUGAUCAAAACCAUAGGGUUCCAGCCAUCGUUUUUUCCAUUGGAGGAUAUGCAGGAAACAAUUUCCACGACUACACCGACAUCGUUAUUCCUCUAUAUUUAACAUCUCGACAGUUUGAUGGAGAAGUGAAGUUUCUUAUUACAAACAAAAAGCCAUUGUGGAUUAAUAAGUUCCAAAAUAUACUAGAGAAGCUUUCUAGAUACGAGCUGAUGGACAUUGAUAAAGAAGAACACAUUCACUGUUUCACAAGUGUGAUUGUUGGCCUGAAGCGUAAUCCUAAAGAGCUAACGAUUGAUUCUUCAAAAUCACCUUAUUCCAUGAAAGAAUUCAGGCAGUUUUUGAGAAGUGCUUAUUCCUUGCAAAAAGUGAGCACCAUCAAAAUGAGGGAUAAUGAUGAGAAGAUCAGAAGACCUCGGCUUCUCAUUCUUUCAAGAAAGAGAACCCGAGCAUUUACAAAUACAAACGACAUUGCAGAAAUGGCAAGAAGGCUAGGCUACGAAGUAGUUAUUGCGGAGGCAGACUUGAACGUAGCAAGAGUUGCAAAAAUUGUGAACUCUUGUGAUGUAAUGAUGGGAGUCCACGGAGCUGGCUUAACCAACAUGGUUUUUCUUCCUGAGAAUGCAAUUUUGAUCCAAGUAGUUCCCAUUGGAGGGUUCGAAUGGCUGGCCAGAACCGACUUUGAAGAGCCUUCCACGGACAUGAACAUUAGGUACUUGGAAUAUAAGAUUAAAACAGAAGAGAGUACUUUGAUACAACAAUAUCCACCAGAGCAUGAGGUGUUGAGCAAUCCAUAUGCCAUUGGGAAACAGGGUUGGUAUGCAUUUAAGUCAGUAUAUUUAGAGAAACAGAAUGUCAACCUUGAUGUCAAUAGGUUUAGACCCACUUUGUUAAGAGCUCUUGAGCUCUUACAUCAGUAA